CACACCCAAUACUCCUCUAUCCUUCAUAUAAGGAAGCUUUUGGGACUCUCUGUUCACCUGUUCUUCCUCUCCGUAAGGUUUCUGCUGCACAAGGCUCGAUGGGUGGCUGUGCGAGCAAACCUCAGGAGAUAAAUGGCCCCAGAAACCCCGACGGCCCUGCCGCCGCCGAGAACCCAUCCACGGCCGAGCCUGCUCCCCCUGAGAAUGUGCAGGCUAAGUCUGAGAGCGUCGAGGUCGAGGAGAGCAAGGAAACGCCGCUGGUCGACCUCUCUGAGCCGGCCGGCGAGAGCUCGACCGCUACUGCUGCCGUGGCUGAAGAGCUCCAUCCGGGGAUCAGCGAGCUGAAACCAGUCGCGGAAGAAGAAUGGGUGACUCAUAAAGAUGAGAAGGAGAAGCCUGUUGCGGCUGAGGAGCGUCCCUUACAGUGAUCGAAAGCUGGAAGAGAUGUGUGUCGCGGCAACGCGUCCAUUGAACUAAACCAGAAUGAGAUGUUGCCUUGUGUCA